GUCUUCCUCGGCAGUAGGAGGAGGGAAGCAUAUGAGUCUGAGGAGCAGAGAGACGCUCAGGACUGUGGGGCUCUCAUGCUGAGCUGCCGGACGGCUUUUUGUGUGUGUUGGCUCACAGCUGGACAGGCGGACGGGCUUGACGUACGAGUUGGACAGAGAUCGUGAAGGAGAACUCAACGGCUGUCCUGCUGCCGGUGUCGUUGCCGGCCGAUCUACCGGAACCUGCAUUUCGGAUUAAAGAGCUCCGCUGCACUGUGGCUGACCGGUGACCCCGAUCUGCAGCCUCACAACCCAUUUCUGGGUCAACCACCGAGCUAAACAGAGGUGGUCUGGCCGGGCCUGAUGUGGAAUUUGACCCCGACCGACCCCGUUCAACAAGUAGGAUAAAAGAGCAAGAGGAGGCGAAAGGGAAGAAAAAGGAGGAAGAAAACGGAAAGAAGUGAGAGCAGCAGCACAGCGACCGCUUCCCAGCAUGCCGGUGGAGACCCUGCGGCCCUCAGACGGCCGUCUGGCCGGGGUCCCCUUCACCUCCGCCAUGCCCUUCAGGAUACUUCACAAGGGUCCAGACUACUUCCGUCGCCAGGUCGACCCUGGGGCCCGCAAGCUGAGUGCCGUGGAGCGCCUGGAGGCCGACAAGGCCAAGUACGUGAAGAGCCAGCAGGUGGCCCUCACCCGGCAGGCCCCCAUCAAGGCCCCGAUCAUCCGCAAGCCCCUGGUUCCCCCGGGGAUGAUGCUCCAGUGCCAGAUCAGCACUCCUCCCGCCCGCAAAGUUCCCCGCUGCCCGGCUGAUGUGGAGAACCGAGGAGGGAGGGACGGGCUGGGAGGAAGAAGAGGGCCUGCUCUUAACUUGGAUAUUCUGAACAAUCUUAUCAAUGAUGUAUGCGAUGGACCCAUGCCCUGCUCCCAGUCCUCUUCCUCCACCUCCCCCUCCUCGUCGUCUCCCUCAUCGGGAGCCAAGAGCAUCGGCAGCAGCCUGUCAGCAGAACAAGAGAGGAGCAACCGGCUCCUCAACAACCUCAAACCAGUGAAUCACGGCACAGUCAACUCCUCAUCCACCUCCUCCUGCACUUCCUCUCCACUCAACAACAACAUCAACCUCCGGACCCCUGUGGCAGAACCUACCCGCCGUCCUCCCCCUGUUCCAGCACGGGUACCACUCGGGGUUCCCGUGCCCUACAGCUCCCCGAACUCAGUGACAGUGCGCAGGGUGGACGUUCGGCCCCUGGCUGAGAUAAGGAAGCCUCAGAGGGCCCUGCUGCGGCCCGAACUCAGGCCCAGACAGACUGCCCAGGGCCAGGUCGCACACCCCCAGGUCCCCCCUCCACCACCUCCUCCGCCCUCUCAGAACCAGCCCCAGCCCCAGCUCCUCACCCCUCCCAAAGCCCUGCCCUCCCCUCCAGUCUACCUGCCGCCUAGUCCCAUGCUGGUGCGAGCCGGCAUGAUCCCGCCAGUCCCCGCGUUCACCCGCAUAUCAAACGCCAGCUCCAAGGGGUCCGGGCGCAAGCACCCGUCCUUGCACCGCUCCAAGUCGGACCUGAGCGACCGCUACUCCCGCGCCACCGCCGACCUAGAGCGUUUCUUUAACUACUGCGGGCUGGACCCGGGGGAGGUGGAGGGCAUGGGGGGAGUGGAGCGCUUCACCAGGGCCAACUCGGACAUCGUGUCCGUCUCCAAGCUCCGCAGCGUCAGCACGCCCAGCUCGGAGUGCGGGGACGAGGCCUUCCGGGCGAGGGAGGACGGUGAGGAGGGCGACGGGCCCGCCCAGGCCAGCGAACGGGUCCCGUACGGGAUCUCCGUCAUCGAGAGGAACGCUCGAGUCAUCAAGUGGCUGUACGGCAUCCGACAGGCGCGAGACACCAACAGCGCCGUGUCCAACGUAUAGACUAACGAGGACUUGAAAAGACUUUUUGUACAAAUACAUACGCCUGAAGAAGGGAGAGCACAUCUUCUGCUGCCUUACUUUUGAGGAUAAUCCAGUAGUUGUUUCUUUUCAUUUUACCGUGAACACUCACACUUGUUUUGGAGAUUACACAUCAGUGAUUGUUUUCCGGGCUGCAAGUCAGGACUGCUUCCCUGCAGGACUAAAUGGACGAUACAUUUCCCUUUUCCUUCACUUGAUCUUAUGUAACAAUACUGGUAUACGAAAGCAAUAAUAGACUGGUAUAAAUGAUGAUGGUGAGGAUGAAGGCAGAGGACAUUUAUGUUUGUGGUUCCUCAUGUUAAGGUACUUAGUGUGUGUGUGUGUGUGCGUGUGUGUGUGUGUGUGUGCGUGUGCGUGUGUGUGAGCAUGUGUGUGUGUGUGUGUGUGCCAGGGAGCUCCGCAGCACAAAGCCACUGGAACUUGGCUGCAAACUGCUGGAGAAAGAGAACCAUGUUGAUACUGUGAAACUUCACAUUAAAAAAAAAAAAGCUUCCAUAAACACAUUUGUAUUUAAAAAAACCAACCUUUUGGCUGUAAGACUGUUAUUAUUGAAAUUUCUGUCAGCAUGCGAGUGAAACAUUUUGUACACAUUAAUUUUAGGGUUAAGUCAACGGAGCGCACACUUUAGUCUCAUGCGGAUAAUCACUUCACGGCACAGACGUACGUUCGGGUCUAUUACAGUAAAUACGGGAGCAGCUGCAGAUAACGCAGUCUGUGUGUGUCUCAGCUGCAACGCUGUCCAGGUGUGCGUUCUGUGCCUGAAAAAUCUGUUUACGAUGUAUGUCUCUGCACGUAUGAGUGGAGCAAGUCAUAAGAUAAGGGCUGAGCUCUUAAGUGGAUGGUUUUUGAAGUAAGUGCAGUGUGAAAAAGUUAUUUUGCCUCCAGUAAAAAUGGAGAGAAAAUCAAAGGACGGGUAAAAAAGGCAGACGAAAAAAAGAGUAUAGAAGAGAGAAAAAGAGAAAAUAUCUAUGGCGGUUCUGAAAGUGUCUCAGGAAGAUGCACUUGCCAUACUAACGAAUAUGGACCAAUAUUUAUUUGGAAAGUUUUAACUUAAUGUAUUUUUUAAUAUCGGACAACUUUGUGUACAGAAUUCAAUCUUCGCUCUUAAGUGCAAUCUGAUCACGUCUAACGCAAUAACAGUACGUUUGUAGGAUCCCAUUUAAACACACACUCAGAAACGGGCACCUGUCACAUGCUGAAUGACAGUGUGUGACAUGUGACCUAAAGAAAGUGAGACUGUUUUGUAUUUAUUUGAACUUCCUGUUUAUCGCAGUGGGAGGGAGACAGGAGGUCAGUCUCCCCUGUACCGGUUCUCCACCCUCUGGAUCUACGUCCUUUAACGUUUCAGCACAUUCAGUAUGAGCACCAGCCAGGUUUCUCCUCUCCAUACCUGUACCCAUCGCGGGUAGAUGACGAGCGGGUACAGAGGGCUGGAGAACACGCGACGGUGAACAAAGUGUGCUGUUGAAUCCGGCACUGGAUGCCCAAAGAGUCUUCACGUGAGAGAUCAAAGAAAAUGCUUUACAGUGGUGUAUU